GGGACAUCCAAAGGAAUCGAUAAGCACUAACCUGACUGAAUACAAGCACAGUCCCGUUGAAAUCGUGAGUGCGUCACCCAUGCGUGCGCGUUCGCGAGCACUUCAUAGAUCUAUCAUUAACCGGAUACUACUUGAGAUAGCGGAGGUUCCUGGACGACUAGCUACGAGAAAAAUACUCUGUCAUCUAAAACGUGUUUGCCGAACAUUGUAAAGUAUCACCUGAUCUUUUAACCGGCCUUGUUGCUUCCUUCGACAGGAAAACGUGAUACACGUGUUUAUUUUAUGGGAAUAAGCUAUAUGGAAUGAGUAAUAACUCAUGAUGCACGAGCUGCUGCUUGAAAGCAUAGGAAGCUUGAUAUAUGGCUAACGUUAGCUAGCUAGGAACGGUUAAUUUAUAGUAAAUACACAGUGCUCUAUAUUGAAUCAACAUGGCACACAAUAUUAUAACGCAAAUUGGACAACUCUGUAAUUAUCUCCAAGACCCGAUUCAUGUAGCACGGUUUCAGCAGAUUUGCGGUGUGAGCGGGACUUUUUCAAGGAACCCAGCAGAGACUAAAGAAGUGGAGCGAGCUCGCUUGCACAACAACAGCAUUAGCGAUUUCCAGGGUGAAAAUGAGAAAUGUACUGUCAACGGAGGAGAAGGGGAGAAAACCAAGAGUCUCCGGCAGAGAAAAGUCACCUCUCCGGGGAACAGUUUGAAACAGGAAGGAGUAGCCAAUGCUUCUCAGAACGGGUCAGUGGUAACUCCUGCGGGGAAAACGGCCGGGCACAUCGGGAGCGGUUGCCGCCUCGCAAGAUCCAGUGAUUUCGGGGUACGGGACCUCAAAGAAAACGGCUCAAGUGGCGUCAACGGGUCCAGGGUGGAAUGCACCUCUGCGACACCUGAUGAACGGCUUAGUGAGGACCCCGGUCCUAAGACUACUGUCAAGCCGCUGCGCAAAAAUUCCCUGACAGGCGAUGUGGGCCAGGAGUUUUUAAUCGAGAACAAGUUUUUGUACUACCUGUUCACCUUAGGAACUGAGCUGGGCAACGAGCUGUUUUACAUCACCUUCUUCCCGUUCAUCAUAUGGAACGUGGAUGCUUAUGUAAGCCGGCGUCUGAUCGCCAUCUGGGUUUGGGUCAUGUACCUUGGCCAGAGCACUAAGGAUGUCAUUCGGUCGUCCAGGCCAGCCUCACCGCCCGUGGUCAAGGUGGAGAUGUUCUACAACUCUGAGUACAGUAUGCCCUCUACACACGCCAUGUCAGGCACGGCCAUUCCCUUCUCACUGUUACUGCUGACCUAUGGCCGUUGGGAGUACCCCUUCAUGUUUGGGUUCACUCUGGCAAUGUGCUGGUGUGUGCUGGUCUGCAUAAGCCGCAUCUACAUGGGUAUGCACUCCAUCCUGGAUGUCAUUGCUGGCUUCCUGUACAGCCUCCUGAUCCUGGUGGUAUUCCGGCCAGCACUGGACCUGAUUGACAACUUCAACCUGACAUACCGCUACGCCCCCCUCAUCAUCAUCUCCCUGCACCUGGGCAUGGGCCUCUUCUCCUUCACCCUGGACACCUGGAGCACCUCACGGGGCGAUACCGCUCAAAUCCUGGGCACUGGUGCUGGCGUGGCCCUAGCCUCCCACCUUAACCACUACCUUGGCCUGAUGCCCGACCCCCCGCUGGACCAGCUGCCCCUAUCCCCCCCGGCUCUCAGUGCCGCCCUGCUGGCCGUAGCCAUGCUGAGGAUGUGCCUGGGCGUCCUGGUGCUGCUGGCCAUCAGGGCCCUCAUGAAGGCCAUCACCAUCCCUCUGGCCUGCCGUAUCUCUGGCAUCCCCAGUGGAGACGUAAGAAAGGCCCGGCAGCACAUGGAGGUGGAGCUGCCCUACAGGUACAUUGUGUACAGCAUGGUGGGCUUCAGCACCCUCUUCCUGGUGCCCCAGCUCUUCACCUACCUGCAGCUGUCCUGAUGAGAGAGCCCUGUGGAUCCCCCAGUCCCCUGUCCUCACCCCUGCUCAUCUAAAACCAAGCCCAUAGGAACAUGGGAAAUUCACACCUUACAUAUCCUGUACAUCCACCUCCUAUACCACUAACCUUUGUCCCUGCCAGUUCUAAUGACAGAAACCUCUUAUCAGGGAACUCCUAUAGACAGAUUUGACACGAUGUCAGCACUGAUUACUAAAUCCUAUUCGCUUUAUCUUACUUCAAUUUUUUUUUGUCAAUCAGAAUUUGACCUCUGUUUUAUCUUAAUUUCCCAUUUUAUGGUCUCAAUUUGAAAGGAAACACACUAAUGAUUUUGGGCAUCAGAGCAAGUUAUGGAUCAACUAGACUAAUAAUUCUCUAUUAUUAGUCACCCCUUCCCCAUCCGUAUAUACAUAGUCUAUCCUGAGUAUUUAUUUAAAGUACUUUCCCUGCUUUUUUGUACUUGGGAGAAAAUGAGGAUUCAAUUCUAAUCUGAUAAUUUCAGUCUGUGUCCUGGUUGUGUUCUCUUAUCUAUUUUUCUAAAGGGCUCUUUUUAUCUAUUAUUAUUGAAGAUGAUCUGUUGAGGUUUGAAUAAAUAGAUUUUUACUCUGUACUGAUGAGAGAAAAGCCAUGACUGGGGCUAGGCACAUGAUGCAGUGGUGUUACUGUGGGAUAUAUAGAGGACAGGACAUUAGCCCUAUAAGUCAGAGGGUUAAAAGUGGGAUUGUUUUGAGCGUCAGGAGGACUUGGCUCAGACACACAGUGAGGAACUUCCUGUUUUAUAGGAGGGGAUGCACCUGACUGCACGGAAUCACUUCCUGCGGGUCUCGUGUUUGGAGGGGCCAAGGGAGAAUUAGAGGAGAUAACCCCAAGGGUAAAUAAGUAUAGGAGCUAAGUUCUGCUUAAAUGCAGGUUCUGGACGUCUUUCGUUCAGAAACAUUACUUGCAUUCACAGAGGGAUUUCACAUGGAAAGCCCCUCAACAGUAACUAAGCUAGACAGAUUAUCUUCCAGUUGUACUUUAAUGAACACUGGCAACUCUUUUCUAUCACUGUAUGUUUCAUCCCCUUGUUUCUUUGACUAGCACAAUGAAGAUUCUCUCUUCGUCAUGUCCCCCCAACCGUACUCCCUCUCUACCUUCCUUUGCAUCCUUAUUUUGUUCCAAGUCCAUAGUGACUGGACUAGAUCCACAGGCACUGAAGAGUGUAAAGUUACUCUUACCUCAGUGUUCUUACUAUACCUCUUUCCAGAAGUGACCAAGACGUUCACUGCUUUAAUGAGGUACAUAAUAUAGUAUAGGUAUACUAUCAUAGUAUUGUUAUUUUGUCCGGCUAAUUGAUUUGUUUUUGAUUGUUUUUAACAAAAGAAUAGUGCUGACCGGAAGAAUGCCAGCAGUUUCCCACUAGCAGAGAAAAGACUGAAAGGAUUGGAGCCCGUUGCUGUGCUGAUCACACUGAUAUAGAUAUACUGUAGAUACAUCUAUUAUUGGAAAAACAAUAUUGUUCCUGGACCAACUGUCAUAACAGAACUGUAUCUUGGCCCACAGGGGAAGAGGCUUGAUAAGAAAGCUAUACUGUACAUCCUAGUGUGGUUAUGGAAUACAUAUGAUAUAUAGAUGUCUAUAGUACUGUCCUAAUAGAAACCCAGCUAGCACAUUUUGUUCCUUGUAAGUGGUGGGAACGUAUGUUUUUGGGAACGAAGCUAUGUGUUUCCUGACUGUUAAAACGGAAGUUAAAAAAACAAAAACAUUCUGAGAACAGAAGUGAAAGUUUUGCCUGUUCUGGGAACUUUUAUUUUUAGGUUGCAUGGAGGUUCUGAAAACAUUUGACUCUGGUUCCUUAAGUUUUCCCGGGAGGUUUUAUUAACGCUCUGAGAACAGAAAUUAUAUGCUAUUUAGAGUUUUUUUUUUUUAUAACUUCCUUAACAAUGCUAGCUUGUAGUGGGUAAACUUUUUUUUUUUACUCCAAGCAUGGAUAGGACACAUGGAAAGGAAUAUCUUGAAGCAUUAAUCAUGCAAAAUAACUUUUUAUUUUGACCACAUUAGUGAGAUUCAAACCUAUAAAAUUCUGAUCUCUAUCCAUGGACUUAGUCCACUGCGCCACCAGGAUGGAGCUAGUAUGCCUUUUUCUUUUGUAUAUAAAGCUGUUAAUUUUAGUCUAUUCAAACAGACCCCAUUUCAAAGGAAACAAGCAUUAAGAUCAGGUGUGGCCAAUUAGUGGGUGCGACCAACACACCUGAACAAUUAACAAGGUGGAGGAUAGAGACAGUUUUGUUGAUGCUGAAAACGUAAUGUAUGUUUUUUUUAAUAACAUUCUUAGAACGUUCUCUGAAUGUUUUCUUGUGGUUUUUAUGUAAAGUUUUCUUAACGUUCUCGGAACAAUUUGAGAACGUGACUUUAAAUAGAACCAUGAGGAAACUUGUAGAAAAGGUAAUGCUGAAAUUCCCCCUGAAGAACGUUGUUUCUUAAUGUUCUCUGAACUAUUUCAGAACAUUCCCAAUGUCAAACCAGUUGGGGAACAUUUCUAGAACAUUAUAAACAUUCAAAUUAAAUGUAACCAUGUUUGAACUCUUAGUUCUGUAAAAGUAAUGAAGUACCAAGAGAAUUACUUUUUUUGUCAACUUAUUUAAAUGUGAUGUGAAUGUUCCUAAGCCAAGCAACUAUGAAGCACCAUUCUCAGAAAGUUGUGGGAAGGUUGUAUGCAAAAUAACCAUAGGACAACCACGCUCUCACCAAACUCUAAGAAACGUAUGGGUUCUCAGAAUUUUAUGAGCUAGCUGGGAAUGCACUGUUUCCACAAUGCACUGUUGUUGUUGCCCUGUCCAUUUGCUGGUCUGUCUGUCUUUUACUGGCCACUGUUGACCGGAAGCGCUCAGGAGACAGCUGUGUUGUGGCCUUGUCUUACGUGUGAGAGUUUGUGUUUUAUUUGUGCUUGUCUCCUUCCAUUUCAGUGAGAAGGAAGGUCAUUUUUGUGGUUAUUGUGAACAGACAGUACAGGGCUCUGAUAUGAUAAUAAACUUGGACUAAAAUAGAGCACAUUCUGAUCCUCUAAUAAACAGUGUGGUUGGACCUAGACAGUCAGUUAAUUUAGCACUACCGUUUUAUCUUGGCCAGGAAGCCUCCCUGCAGAUUGAGGAACGAUAAGUUCAUUAGAUCGAUGCAGAUAACUCAAGUUUCAAGUGUUAUUAGUUGUAUGUGCGGGAUACGCAUGGUAUUCGUCGUCUAACAAAAUGCUUACUUGCAUGUGUGUUCCUUCUCGACCAAUGCAAUAACAAUAAGAAAAGAUAAGAUUACAAACAUAAAGUUAACAGCAGUAGAGUAUGUAUAUUUUUUUAGCAUAAGUAUCCUAUAGGAAGGCAUCAUUUAUAGUCCAAUAUUUACGUGUGUAUUGGGGGGGGGCAUCUUCCUGAUGCUGAUUACAGUAGUUAUUUCUAUACUGAAAGCCUCCGAAUUCUGAAGUGAAUCUUAAUAAUCAGAAACUAUUUUAAAUAAAUGUAAGAAAUGAUAUGGUUAAUUGUUGGGUUGUGUUAUCUAUGUCUUAUUUCAAAGCAUUUAGUUUCAACAUGAAGAUGUGACGUUUUCCAAGAUAUUCCUAAUGACUUUCCAUUCAAAUGGUGAUGUGAUCACCGUUUCUUUUAAACUUUUCUACCAGAUGAAAAGGGUUCAGUAAUGUAGCUGUACUGUGGCUUAAGUAGAACUCUGUUCUUACUACCCUAGUGCCUUUACUGUGUUUCAGGAAGGAGUUGUAACCUUUCAUGUUUUUUGUAGCCAUUGAAUUGGAGAGUGGUGAGAGACAUGUAAAAGUGUUGUUGGGUUCAACCUAUUUCAAUUCCAUUUUAAUUAUAUUAAAAACUCUGCGUUUGCCUUUGCACUUGUAACUGCAGAUUUAGGUUGAUUGUCAUUAAUACUUUAGUACUUUGUUCAAACGGCAGAUGUUUGAAACAGUUAUCCAUGUUUUUCACUGUUACUUGUUUCCCGUUUGCUUCUCAUUUUAAUUUGAAGCAUUUGGUCCUUAGUUCUUAAUGUGUCAAACUGCAUUCUAUGAGAUAUUUGCAUGAACAAAUCUUACAGAUGCGGUAUUUGUGAUGAUUUUUGACAUGGCUACAACAAAUGUCCAUGUCAAAUUGCUUGUUUUACAGAAUCAUCUUUUUAUAGACCAAAUAAAUAUUUAUAUUGAACUGUAUUUAAUAUUAGAAAUGUUUGUGAAACUGAGAUUUCUUUGUAUGUGUCCACCUGAAAAUCUCUUGAUUCAGUUAUUUGUUUGAUCAAAUGUUAUUUGAAAUGACCAUUUUUAUGCAGUUUUGACAUGGUAGGUAAAUUCUUUACAACCUAAAAAAAAUGUAUGUCCAUUUUAAUGGUUGGGUUCAAUCUAUGAUGAGGAUGUUCAUUCUAUGAGGCUCUGAUCUGUAUGAGUGAAUUAAUCAAAAUAAUCUAGUGAGCUAAUUAAAACAAUCAAAUUGACUGUCCACUCCAGUCCAUUUUUAACAAUUUCAAUAAAGAGAUGUAAUUUUUGGUCA